AGGGAAGUCUUCUUUACUGUGCGGGAGGGGGCAUGUUUUUAGCAGCAAGGUCGUUCUUUGUGUCAAAAUUCUACUUGUGAAGUUGUGACGAAUUUUCUGUUUAUAAUAUUUGCUUAUUAUUGAGUGACUGUAGCUUGUGCGAGGUUGCAAAGGUCGUUGUGCGUGUAUGUGGUCGGUAGUUUGUAGUUUUUAAAACGAUUUGUGUAUUUUACGGACGCUCCAAUGAGUCUGGGAGGAGGACAGAACCCUGAGGGACCAAAUGCAGGAGGCAUAUUUGUUCAAUUUAACCAAGACUGCACGUCGCUGGUGGCGGGCAGUAGCAGCGGGUACCACCUGUUCGCGCUAACGGCGGACGACGGGCUGGAGGAGAUCUACGCGUCGCGCUCCGGCCAGGACACCUGCCUCGUCGACCGCCUGUUCAGCAGCUCGCUCGUGGCCGUCGUCACCGUCGCCGCGCCCAGGAAGCUGAUCGUGUGUCACUACAAGAAGGGCACGGAGAUAUGUAACUACAGCUACAGCAACACCAUCCUCGCGGUGAAGCUGAACCGCUCGCGGCUGAUCGUGUGCCUGGAGGAGUCGCUGCACAUCCACAACAUCCGCGACAUGAAGAUCCUGCACACCAUCCGCGACACGCCGCCCAACCCGCGCGGGCUGUGCGCGCUGUCGCCGUGCGUGGACCACUGCUACGUGGCGUACCCCGGCUCCAGCGCCGUGGGCGAGGUGCAGAUCUUCGACGCCGUGCACCUCAACGCCAAGUGCGUGAUCAGCGCGCACGACUCGCCGCUGGCCGCGCUGGCGUGGUCCAUGUGCGGCCGGCGGCUGGCCACGGCGUCGGAGCGCGGCACCGUCAUCCGCGUGUUCGCCGUGCCCGAGCGCACGCGCCUCUACGAGUUCCGGCGCGGCGUCAAGCGCUGCGUGUCCAUCUCGUGCCUGGCCUUCAGCUCGUGCGGCGUGUACCUGGCGUGCACGUCCAACACGGAGACGGUGCACGUGUUCAAGCUGACGGAGGGCGCGGCCGGGGCCGGCGCGGCGCCGGCGCCCGAGGACGCGGAGGCGGAGGCCGAGGGCUCCGGCUGGAUGGAGUGGCUGCAGCGCGGGCUGGCGGCGGGCGCCGGCUACCUGCCGCAGCACGUGGCCGACGUGCUGGCGCAGGGCCGCGCCUUCGCCGCCGCCCGCCUGCCCGUCACGGGCUACAGGGCGCGCGUCGCCAUCACCAGCGUGGCGCGGGCGCCGCGGCUGCUGGUGGCCACGUCUGCGGGCGUGCUGUACGUGUACGCGCUGGCGCCCGAGGGCGGCGACUGCGCGCUGCUGCGCCAGCACCACUUCCUGGAGCCCCGCGCCGCGCCGCCGCCGCCAGAGGCCGAGCGCACCGGCGAGCUGGGCGCGGCGCUGGAGGGCUCCCCGCCGCGCGGGCCCUUCGACCUGCGCGACCCGCGCCACUUCCCGCCCAUGCGCGCCGCCGAGUAGCGCCCACGCCGCCACACGCCCGCCGCCCCCGCCGCCCUCGCCGCCGCCUCCCGCUCCGAAUGUAGUCCUCCCCCGAACGACGACCGACAUCCUCUUAUCGACCGUGAUCUAUCGAAAUUUUGUUCCCUUUGCAGGUGGUCGGUAAUACUUGUAUAUAGGCGCACGCCAAUAGGCCGUGGCCGGCCCCCCGCCCCCCGCCCGCCGCCAGCCUGCAGACCGCGCCGCGACGGUCUCGGCUCGGCCGGAGCGAAUUUGUGUGCGCGCCCUGUACAUAUUUGUAAACUAUGUGACGCCUGUAAUGUAAAAUAUUUAGCUGUAAUCGUAACUAUGCAAUGUGAUAGUGAAGUGACGAAGAACGUGUCCGAUGCUUGUGUGUGUGUAUGUAUAGUAUAAGUGCGCCGUACUCCUCUGAAAUGUAUUCCUAAGGACGCACUCUGUGCCGGGUGACGACAGUGCGCAGCGUCGCGUCUGUCGCGGUCCGUGUCGCGCUGCCGUGACAGCGGGUGCCGCGACAGCGGGUGCCGCGACAGCGGGACAAGCGCCGCCGCCAACCGCGCGCAGAGGACGCUCAAGUAAAAGACGAUCGAGGGGAGGCGCUCACCCUUUUCUCGAUUUAUAAUCUACGACGUAGGCGAUUGCGACAAUAUAUUGAAGUCGUAUAAAUCAUACGCAAAGUUAAAAAAAUAGAACAUCACCCAAAAAAUAUGUAAAAAAUAAAUGAUGUAGCUAGAGACCGGCAGCCGAGACGCGCCACCUCGCCACCUGGCGGCCGUUGCCGGUAACUCGAGCAGGUUUAUUAUUAUGUAUUUUAUUUUUAUAUUAAAAAUGACAUGUAACUACAAUGUAAUUAUUAUUUUUAACUUUUGUUAUUGCUGUUACCAAUCAACUAAUCACUUGCAAAAAAUAAAAGGCAAAUUUUGACAAUUUUAGAUCGUUAAAAUGAUCCACUAUUCCUGUAUCAGUGGUGCUACUUUGGAUAGGGUGGUGAAAUGUGUGUCGUGAAGGGUUAAUUCACGCAGUACACAGGGUGUUAGUGACAUCGUAACGAAUGGGACGUCUAUUUGAUUGUACUAAAAACGAUGAUAGAUGUUUUUAUUGUCGCAAAUGUUUAAUUAAGAUUUUGUUUUUUUACUGCACCGCAAUAUAAAUUGAACGACGCGAAACAGUCGCUAGACCUACCUACCUACGCGCGGCUAUUUUACACGUACGUGAUACGUUGUUGAUACCAAGGUUAGUGGUUCAACGUUUAAAAAUUGUUGAGUUUGUUGAAGUAGAUGACCUACUGCCACGAUUUUUCACGCACGGUACCUACCUAUCACUUAUUAAAAUGUACCUAACUUAUUAAUUACUCUACUUUUACCUUACCUUAAUUGUUAUUCCUUCGGAUGAAGUACCUAGGUACUCUAUAACACGUUGCGUAGGUAUGCAACAUCGCGUCUCCUCCGCGGUACGUAGGUAUUACAUGCACUCACUAACAACACCAUGCUCUUUAAUAAAACAGACAUUCUUCCAUACUCUUGCGCAGUAAAUAGUCCAUGAUCCAUCAUCAUAGUCGACAUUACUCAUUUACAAAAUAAAACAAACACGAAAAACUGAGCUGAAGCGGGUGUCAAAGGCGCCGCCGCCGCCGCCCGCGACCGCCCCGAGCCGACGACUAGAGCGAGAAAGAAACAUUUUUAUGCUGCAGGCGAUACAGAAACACAUAGUAUCUGUUCGUAAUGCCUGGUUUGUUGGCGCGCGUUGCCAUUGACCCGUGCGGAUGUUCACCUGUGCACAGCUGAAGUUGUAAGUUAUUGUUUAUCGUGGUUGUACAUUGGUAAUUUUAACAAUUAGUCAUUUUUAUUUGUUUUAAAUUUGGGUUCCAUGCAGCUUAAAACACAAUAUGGGACUGAAAAAAAAAUACUAAAAUUUUAAUGAAUUUUGCGACAGGAAAUUCCACUCGAUAUCAACUCAUAAUCAUGGUCUGAAUCAUCCCUCAGUUUUCGUUACAAUGUCACUUACACCUUGUAUAACCCGCACCACGGUACCGCGCAGCGCUAGGACUUGUAUAGCAACUGCAGACGAGGCGACCCUCUAUAUAUAUUUUCAGUUUUUUUAUUUAGUUACUUUUGUAUUAGCAUUCGUCCACUCUGAUAAACUUGUAAUAUAACAUAAAUACAUAUCACCUCCACGAGCGCCGUUCCACGGCACGCUUAUAUCAAGCAAAUAAUGGUAUUAUACAGGGUGUUGUUGACAUUAUAACGAAGUGGAAUUAUCCGUGGCAAAAGUAUGAAACUGAAAAUAGCUAAAAAAAAUUUUUUCAUUAAUUUUCUCACAGAAAACUCCACUUGAUAUCAACCUAGAAUCAUGGUCUGAAUCUUCCGCCUAAGUAUUCGUUACGGGGUGUCACUAACAUACCUACUUGUAUGGCUACCUGUACUGAGUGUAAGUGACAUCGUAACGAAUACUGAGAGGGAUGAUGCAGCUCAUUAUUCUGAGUUAAUAUCAAGUGGAAGAUCGCAAAAGUAUAGAAUUGAAAAUAAUUAAAAAAAAACUAAAAAUAAAACAUGACUUUGCGAUAGAAAAUUCCACUUGAUGUUAACUCAGAAUCAUAGUCUAAAUCCCCUUAGUAUUCGUUACGAUGUCACUAACUCCCUGUAUAUUUUAUCAGUGUGGACUCGAACCGGAGUAAACAGUUAUUCUGUAUUCAGAGCCCAUAAUAUUUAGAGUAAUAGUAAUAAUUGAUUAUUUUAAGCAUUUUUUAAUGUUUGGAUGUGGCGACUGUGAUCCAUUAAAGAUAACGAAGACAUUCAGCAGAUGGUAUUGUGUGAAAGGUGAGUCGAGGUGGUAUUUGUCGGGUCUCGCUCGCUGUUUAGAUACAAAAUUGUACAUAAUAAUUAUUAAUAAAUAUUUUUAUAAAA